UCCUCGCGGAGCUGUCGGAUUCCCGCCUCCACACUUCCCCUGGAGUCAUUCCCCGGCCGUCCCAGGAUAACCCCUGACCUAGGCUGGGGAGAAGGAAGGCUGUCAAGAGGCAGCGGCUGCCCCUUUGAUGUUUUGGUACGCCGUGCGCAUGCGCCUCACAUUAGAAUUACUGCACUGGGCAGACUAAGUUGGAUCUCCUCUCUUCAGCGAAACCCUCAACCAUCCAAAACUAAAGGGAUGUGGAGAGUCCGGAAAAAGGACUACUUUGGGAUUUGGUCAUUCCCCUUAAUAAUCGCCGCCGUCUGUGCGCAGAGUGUCAAUGACCCUAGUAAUAUGUCGCUGGUUAAAGAGACGGUGGAUAGACUCCUGAAAGGUUAUGAUAUUCGACUGAGACCAGAUUUUGGAGGUCCCCCUGUGGCAGUGGGAAUGAACAUUGACAUUGCCAGCAUCGACAUGGUUUCUGAAGUCAAUAUGGACUAUACCUUGACAAUGUACUUUCAGCAAGCUUGGAGAGAUAAGAGGCUGUCCUAUAACGUAAUACCUUUAAACUUGACUCUGGACAAUAGAGUGGCUGACCAACUCUGGGUGCCUGAUACCUACUUCCUGAACGAUAAGAAGUCAUUUGUGCAUGGAGUGACCGUCAAGAACCGUAUGAUUCGCCUGCAUCCAGAUGGGACAGUCCUUUAUGGCCUCAGAAUUACAACCACAGCUGCCUGCAUGAUGGACCUGAGGCGGUACCCACUGGAUGAACAAAACUGCACCUUGGAAAUUGAAAGUUAUGGAUAUACAACCGAUGACAUUGAGUUUUAUUGGCGUGGGGAUGAUAACGCAGUGACAGGAGUAACCAAGAUUGAGCUUCCACAGUUCUCUAUUGUAGAUUACAAACUGAUCACCAAGAAGGUUGUUUUUUCCACAGGUUCCUAUCCCAGGUUAUCCCUCAGCUUUAAGCUUAAGAGAAACAUUGGUUACUUUAUCCUGCAGACAUAUAUGCCAUCUAUCUUGAUCACUAUCCUCUCCUGGGUCUCCUUCUGGAUUAAUUACGAUGCUUCAGCUGCAAGAGUGGCAUUAGGAAUUACAACUGUGCUAACAAUGACCACUAUCAAUACCCACCUCCGGGAGACUCUCCCUAAGAUCCCUUAUGUGAAGGCCAUUGACAUGUACCUGAUGGGGUGCUUUGUCUUUGUUUUCAUGGCCCUUCUGGAAUAUGCUUUGGUCAACUACAUCUUUUUUGGGAGGGGACCUCAACGCCAAAAGAAAGCAGCUGAAAAGGCUGCCAGUGCCAACAAUGAGAAGAUGCGCCUGGAUGUCAACAAGAUGGACCCCCAUGAGAACAUCUUACUGAGCACUCUUGAGAUAAAAAAUGAAAUGGCCACCUCCGAGGCUGUGAUGGGACUUGGAGAUCCAAGGAGCACAAUGCUGGCCUAUGAUGCCUCCAGCAUCCAGUAUCGGAAAGCCGGGUUGCCCAGGCAUAGUUUUGGCCGAAAUGCCCUGGAACGGCACGUGGCACAGAAGAAAAGCCGCCUGCGGAGACGUGCCUCCCAACUGAAAAUCACCAUUCCCGACUUGACUGAUGUGAAUGCCAUAGAUCGGUGGUCCCGCAUAUUCUUCCCAGUGGUUUUCUCCUUCUUCAACAUCGUCUACUGGCUUUAUUAUGUGAACUAAAACAUAGCCUCCGUGGGAAGCAAGGACUAGAUUCCUCCUCAAACCAG